AUGGCAGUGGUUAUAGAUUACAACGACAUUUCAACCAUUCAGACUGAGGGAGAAGCCGUAAGAAUUUGGUGUGACGGAUGUUUCGAUAUGAUGCAUUACGGCCACGCCAAUGUCUUACGUCAGGCGAAAUCAUUUGGGAGCUUUUUAAUUGCUGGUGUUCAUUCUAGCGAAGAAAUUGCGAAGAACAAGGGUCCACCGGUACUGACCUUAGAUGAAAGAGCAAAGCUUUUAGGAUCUGUUAGAUGGGUAGAUCAGGUGGUAAUAAAUGCUCCCUAUUCAACCUCAGUAAAAACUCUGGACAAAUUUGGUUGUGACUUCUGUGUUCACUCAGAGGACAUUGCUUUAACUGCCGAAGGAGUUGAUGCUUAUGCAGAAAUUAAGGCGGCUGGUAGAUAUAGGUUUAGCAAACGUACACCUGGAGUUUCCACAACUGAUUUAAUAGGAAGAAUAGCAUCCAGAUUUGUAGAAGAUUACAAUAAGAAUAGCCAAAUUAAAGAAUCUCCUUGGACGACCAUGGGGGGUUCUUGCCCAACAUCACAAAUCAUUGCACUCUUUUCUUCCCUACGAGAAGCAAAUUCUACCGACAAGAUAAUUUACGUUCCUGGAGCCUUCGACUGCUUUCGUAUCCUUCCUACUGUAGAUACAAAUCAUAGUGAAAAAAUCAAAUAUUUUCAAAGUACUUUAACAGUUAUUAGAUACUAUGCGAUCAGUGAUAUUGGGCACGUAAAUUUUCUGGAAUCAAUUCGCAAGCAUGGCAGUUAUAUCAUCGUUGGUCUAUAUUCGGAUGAGUAUGUUGAUAACAUCGUUAUUGAUGCGCCCUAUAACAUCACAAGUAAUUUUCUUGAGAGAUUUCAGAUUGAUCUUGUUUGCUGUGGUCAAGCAGCAAAUUCUAUUAAAAUUAACGGAACUGAAGAUCCUUAUAAGGAACCUAAACGUCAAGGAAAACUUAAGAUAGUUGAUAGUGGCUGUUCCUUUACAGUUGAAAAUUUGAUUAAUCGUAUUCUGAAAGAUAGGAAGCUCUACGCGAAACGAAAUCAGGACAAAGCAAAGAAAGAGAUAACUCAGUAUAAUUUAUGGCAAAAAAUACAAACUGAAGCUGAAGCAAAAUAA